AAUGUUAAAGAAACAAACAAAUCAAUAAUGGAUUCUGAAUGUCGGUGGAAAACUUAUGGUAAUUACAGACUUAUUCUAUGGGUUUGGAUGAUGGGCGAAGUAACCAUGGUUUUUUCACCGAUCGAAAUGUCACAUAACGGUUUCUAUUUCCACGGCGGUAUUUAUAUACUCUCAGCGAUAUUUAUUGGUUUGCCACUAGUUUAUUCGGAGAUCUGUAUAUCUCAGUACACGAAUUGUGAUGCGAUAUCUAUGUGGAAUUUUUUCCCAAUUCUACGAAGCAUCGGGUACGUUUUUGGCGUGUUUUAUGAAUUAAAAUAUUAUCAUUACUUCAAUUCUACACGUAACAUUUUUUAUCCCACUUCAAAAUGGGGUCCGGAAGAUAAAACAUUACUUAGAAGUAGAAAAAUGUUUGUACCUGAAAUUAUGACACGAGAAUUUCUGUACCGACAAGUAAGAAUACAUGGAUAUUUUAAAGACAAAGACACUAGAAGAAAAUCAAAACCAUAUGACCGUGAUAGGGCUGUAUCUACUGACAAGGCAGAAUGGAGUGCGUUGACUUCAAACUAAAGAAACUCAAUAACGCCGGAGGCCUAAUUUUAGUCCCUUCCUAUACUAUACUUGUAAGAAAAGGGUGGGAAGAGAAAGCGUGGAGAAGGGAAUGCAUAGCAAGA